AGCAUGUACGAGCGGCACCUUCAGAUUCACCUCAUCACGCGCAUGUUCGAGUGCGACAUCUGCCACAAGUUCCUCAAGACGCCAGAGCAGCUGCUGGAGCACAAGAAGUGCCACACCGUCCCGUCUGGAGGGCUCAAGGUUUGUGAAGCGCUUUGGGGCCCAGAGCAGAUGAAAGGUGCUAUUUAAAUGUGCCCUUUCUGCGUCUACUCCACCAACCGUCCAGCGGCCAUGGAGUGCCAUCUCAAAACGCACUGUAAGAUGGAGUACCGCUGCCGCAUCUGCCAGGGACUGUGGCCUGACCAGGCCUCGCUAGAGGCCCACAUGCGCGGGCACCGUCUGGGCAACCACUACAAGUGUGAGCAGUGUGGCUACCUGUCCAAGACGGCCAACAAGCUGAUAGAGCACGUGCGCGUGCACACGGGUGAGCGGCCCUUCCACUGCGACCGCUGCUCGUACAGCUGCAAGCGCAAGGACAACCUCAACCUGCACAAGAAGCUGAAGCACGCGCCGCGUCAGACUUUGGGCUGCCACGAGUGCCCCUUCACCACCACACACCCGUUUGUCUUCAGCCGCCACGUGAAGAAACACCAGAGUGGGGGAGCAGGGGAAGGAGGAGGAGGUGAGGAAGAGGAAGAUGAGGAGGCAGGAGAAGAGGAGCUGCCGUUCGAGGCCGCACCAGCAGGGAGCGUGUCAGUUCGGAAGACGGAGGAGAAGUUCUUGAUGGUCGGAGGAGGGAGCAGCCAGAGGAACAGUCCGCUCAUGAGUCUGACGGCGUCGCAGGCGCUGCAGUCCGUGGCCAUGUCAGUCACUCUGGGCAAAACCACCCAGCUCGACCACAAAGGUCGCCCGCUCUGCCCGCUCACAAUAAACGGCAGCAACGCCGCCUCCAGGAGCCCCCGUGACGACAGCGGCCGCGGCGGCGGCGGCCUCUCCCUCGGCUCCUCCCAUCACAGGUUCCAGCGCUACAGGAACUGUGACCCCGCGCACCUGAUCCCCCUCACCACCCUGUUCACCCACAACAACCGCCUCACAUUCCACACGCACCACCACUCCAGAUGGCGGUCCACUUCGCCUCCUCCUCUUUUCUCCUCCUCCUCUUUCUCCUCGCGUAACUCAGCUUCACCCUCCUGCUCCCCCUCCUCACCCACCACCCACCAUUCUAAGAAACCAGGACUCAUCUGCAUUGUCUAA